UUUUUUUUAAUAUGUAAAUACACACACGUUUUAUGUAGCAUGCGUUUUCUGUUGCAGGUUUGAUUAUAUGAAACAAGAAUUACCGAGGCGAGUUUCAGUGUCGUAAAGUAUACUGGUAGAAAAUAUUAAGAGUGAAGCAAUGGAAGAUACUGAGAACAGGGAGAAGGAGGGGGAGCCUCACUGGGUGUCUCAGCUGUUCCCCCCUCGCUUCACCGCGCUGGACCUGCUAGAGAACAGCCUCACCCCCGGGACACGACCCCCUCUCCUGCUAUCUGAGAAGCUGGCUGCCCAGAGAACAGAGCGAGUUCAGGAGAUCUAUCGGGGGGCACUGAGAGAGCUGCAGGAGGGGGAGAGACAGGACAGGAGGGACCGCCUAGCGAAGAGGAUGGUUUGGGAUCCUCAGAGAGGAACCAAGGUGGAGCUGUCCUCCACUGUCCCCACCACCACCACCACUAGCACUAUCUCCACUGCCUCAGAGAACAGCACGGAGCCUGCCUCAAAAGAGGAGCACGCCAGAGAAGUGAUGGAGCCAUGCAUCUGGACUGCGCAGGAGCUGUCCGCUCUGCGGCAGGAGAUGCGCCAGGGAGACUCGGAGCGCCGACGGCUGGAAACCCGCCUGGCUGAGGCUCUGGAAGAGAUUGAAAAGCAGCGUGGCGAGCGAGGGUCGCUGGAGCAGGCUCUGGGGUCCAGGGAGAGGGACCUGGCCAGCGCCCAGCAGCAGAACGAACGCAGGGCCCUGCAUCUACAGACGCUUCAGAGGGAAGCUGGCAGGAGAGACGCCAGACUGGAGGCCCUGGCGCGAGAGGUGCGGGAGAGGGCAGCCCACUCCCGAGGCCUGGCCCAGGAGCUGCAGAAAGCCAGGUCGGAAAUCCAGGAGCUCACCCUGCACAACAGGGAGCUGGCCGCAGAGCUGGGGAGGUUGAGACAGGAGCAGGAGGCAGAGAGGCUGAGGCAGGAGCAGCUGGCACAGGUGCAGCGCGAGGCGGCCGUCAGGAGGCUGCAGAGGGACCUGGAGGCUGCCCGAAGCGAGCUUGCUGUGGAGAAACAGAGGCACGGCCGGAGCCUGAAUGCCUUGGAGUUGCUCAGGAGGCACUUUGCUAGCUUACCUGCCCAGGAGAUGCAGGACACCUUCACUGCUAAGUUUGAGUAGAGCUGAUCCGGAAAUAGACAUUUGCUGUAAAGGGGCAACAACAAACGAGUCAAUCAUAGUCAUUAUCACUUUGCACACAUGUUGGAAUCUACACUUUGUCAAGUGACUUAACUUUCUUGCGAGUCUUCAUCACGUUGAUGACAUUGACAGGACCAAGAAAUCAUAGACCGCUCUCACGGGCACCCAAAUAAUGUAAUGCGAUAUUAUAGCGUAGAAGCAAAGGGAGGAUUAGCUUGAAAAUAUCCAUUUAGGUAAAACUAUGUGCCUGUUGUGUUUGUUUCUCUGAUCCUGACACUCUUCUGUAAAGACUGCACAACGGCAGUGUCUUCAGAUGUGAAUUGUUGGGGCUUCUGGAUCGAGGACUUCCUGAAAUUCUAACAGGUUUUCACGAUGGAUUUUCCAAGCGCUGCUGUCUUGGUACAUUGUUUCAGCAUAUUUUAAUAAAAGUGGUAUUUUUUAUUGAACCCUGGAGUGCUUUUAUUUUUGAUAUAGUAAAAGUAUGGUGGCCCCAUCGGUGUUAGAGUAAGGAA